UAACGACAGUGCGCGUACCUUGGCCGCCACGCGGAGACCAGAUCUGAGAUCAACGGUGGUGUUGUUCGUCGUGAAAAUCGAGCCAUACGCACGUGUGGAACGAUCGGUAAAGUGACGUUGACGACGGGUGCACUCGCGUGAACCAUGAGUUCCUAUCAGUUCGUCAAUUCGUUGGCAUCGUGCUACGCGGGCCAGCAGGCGCAACAGCAGCCACGAGCCACGGCCAAUUCACCUGGAGAACCGAUGCAGGCGGCAUCGCCCGCGGGUGGUGACUAUUACAACCCGAACGCAGCCGCGACCAGCUACCCGGCACCGUGUUACUCUCCUCAGCAACACUAUCCUCAGCAUCCGUACGCCACCCCUGCGUCCGGCAUGCAGCACACGGCACCCACGGGUAUGAUAGACUACACGCAGUUGCAGCCGCAGCCGCGACUCAGCGCGACCACCACCUCGCAGCAGCAUAGUAUGCACCAGCAGUCGCAGCACCAUCCGCAGCAGCAUCAUCCUCAGCAGCAGCUCCAUCAGGACCCGACGACGCCGCUUCUCCAAGCCGCGUCCGCGCCAUCCGCACCGUCCACCUCGAGCUGCAAGUACGCCGACUCGACGUCCUCCACCAGCGUCGCGUCGCCUCAGGAUCUGACCACGUCCACCUCGAGGAACAGUCCGACCCCUCUGGUGGCACCAGGCACCAGCAAGGCCGCGUCCGGUCUCACCUCGCCGCCAGGAAGCUCGUCGAGGUCGUCGGUCGCAGCAUCCGCUGCCUCUCCAGCCAGCGGAAGUUCCAGACCCGUGGCAGAGGGAAGCUCCACGUUGACCACCGCGUCAUCCGCCUCCUCGCCUGCAUCCUCCACCUCCAGCACCUCCAGCACCGGCAACAACACGUCGAACAAGACCAACCCCACCGGCAACGAACCGCCGAAGAUCUACUCGUGGAUGAAGAGGGUGCACAUCGGACAGAGCACGGUGAACGCGAACGGCGAGGUGAAGCGGCAGAGGACGUCGUACACCAGGUACCAGACGCUGGAGCUGGAAAAGGAGUUCCACUUUAACCGCUACCUGACGAGGCGGCGCCGCAUCGAGAUCGCGCAUGCCCUCUGCCUGACGGAACGUCAGAUCAAGAUCUGGUUCCAGAAUCGGCGGAUGAAGUGGAAAAAGGAGCACAAGAUGGCGAGCAUGAACAUUGUACCGUACCACAUGUCGCCGUACGGCCACCCUUACCAGUUCGCGCCCCACCCAAGCCAGUUCGCUCACUUGGCCACAUAGGACGAGUUCUCGCCCGCCGAGCUCGGAGCACACGCUGUCCGGUUCCCCGGGAUGUACGGCGAGCAGAACUUCUAAAAGGCUUUUUUCCGGCUCUCGGCCCGGCCGCCGUCACCAAAGACUAUAGCAAGUCUCGCGUGACCUGCCGGCCCGGGACACUUCACUUCCAGUAGGACACGUGGUGAGACCCGACGAGGUCUGACACAGGCCACCGAUGCCUCGACGGAUUGUCACUCGUCAAGCAGAAUUUCUACUUCUCUUCUUCUUUCGUCUUUUUUUAUAUAUUUUUUUUUUUUGUUUUACUC